AGGAAGUCGGACCGAAUGUAUACCGUGUGUAUUUAAAUCGUACGUUCCGAAUCUCGAUAAUCUGUUGGAAUUAUGUUGAGUGUUGUGAACGAUAAAAUACCUCAGAUUGUUUUCGCAUUAUCAGCGUCUCUGGGAGCGUUCGUCAUUGGCACAGUGCUCGGAUGGUCCUCGCCGACGCUGACGAUGUUCGAGAACGGGUCCGCCGUUAGCUUCGAGGUGUCGUCCAUGGCCGCGGCGACCGCAUGCUCACUGUUCGGCGUUGGUGCUGUGAUAGGUGCCGUGCCGGCGGGCGCCGUGUCUUCCGUUUUCGGCCGGCGUGUGUCGCUCAUCGUUAGCGAGGCGCACGUGGUAUUCGGGUGGUUGAUGAUCGCGUUUCCAAAGGCCGCCCGGAUGCUGUAUGUGGGCCGGAUACUGCAGGGCGUCGGGUGCGGUGCCAUGUGCACCAUAAUACCCAUGUACGUUGGCGAGAUAGCCGAACCCGAGAUCCGAGGGUUCCUCGGUGGUUUUUAUCAGUUAUUUGUCGUGUCCGGCAUUUUGUACUCGUACGUGCUUGGAAAUUUUUUGAAUUAUACUCAACUCAAUUUGGCGUGUGGCGUGUGGAUGGUGAUCCACAUACUGGGAGUGCUGUACAUUCCAGAAUCGCCGUAUUUUCUGAUCCAGGAAGACAGAAAAGUUUGCGCCGAAGAAGCGUUGGCCCGGCUUCGAGACGCCAGUCACGACUGCAAGUCUGAACUCACCGAAAUACAGAAAUUUAUCGAAGAAGAACAAAAGAACAGUUAUACUGCGCGUGAGGUGCUUGAGAAGGACGUAAAUCGGAGGGCACUGACGAUCGGCAUCGGUUGCAUGUUCUUCCAGCAGACGACCGGCAUCAAUGCUAUCAUAUUCUAUAUGAAACACGUGUUCGAAAUUUCGGGAAGCGACAUUAGCCCCGAAAUAUGCACGACAAUUGUUGGCAUAAUACAGGUUGUAAUGACGUUCAUAUCUAUGAUGAUUACGGACAAAUUUGGCAGACGUUCAUUAAUGGUGUACUCGAUGACUUCGAUGGGCCUCUGCUUACUAGCACUAUCAUACUAUUUUUUUUCAAAAAAAUACAAUCCUCACGUGGCCCAAACACUUGACUGGUUACCGCUCGUGACCAUAGUGUUAUACAUUUCCAUGUAUUCGAUCGGUUGCGGUCCCAUACCGUACAUAAUUAUUGGGGAAAUAUUUUCAUCAGAACUCAAGUCGAUGGGCACAGGCAUGUCAAUUGCCACCAACUGGAUAUUGGUCUGGCUGGUAACGUGUCUGGCCGAACCUAUGGACAAAUUUAUUGGUCCGAGUGGUACAUUUUUUGUGUAUUCCGGGUUUUGUUUUCUGGGCAUGUUGUUUGUUGUCAAUUGCGUACCUGAGACUAAAAAUCGAUCUCUAGCUACGAUUCAAUCGGACCUCGAAAAGAACUAACAAACAAAUUUAGUUCAUUUCGUUAGUGUGAAAUCGUUGGAAUCACACUAUAAACACGUUGUAAUUUUUAUUAAAAUUAAAUGUAUUAUUGAAAUCUGGAAUUAAGCAAUAACAUGUUUUUUGU